CCUCUGUCUCCCGUCCUGCCCACAGCUGCGUGGGACCAGCCCAGCGACCACCAUGGUGAGGCUCGUGCUGCCCAACCCCGGCCUGGAGGAGCGGAUCCCCUCCCUGGACGAGCUGGAGACCAUCGAGCGCCAGGAGGCCAGCUCGCGGCCCCAGUGGGACAACAAGGCUCAGUACAUGCUGACCUGCGUGGGCUUCUGCGUGGGCCUGGGCAACGUGUGGCGCUUCCCCUACCUGUGCCAGAGCCACGGAGGAGGUGCCUUCAUGAUCCCCUUCCUCAUCCUGCUGGUCCUGGAGGGCAUCCCCCUGCUGCACCUGGAGUUCGCCAUCGGGCAGCGGCUGCGCAAGGGCGGCAUGGGCCUGUGGACCGCCAUCCACCCGGCCCUGAAGGGCUUAGGCUUGGCGUCCAUGUUCGUGUCCUUCGUGGUGGGCCUGUACUACAACACCAUCAUCGCCUGGGUCAUGUGGUACUUCUUCAACUCCUUCCAGGACCCGCUGCCCUGGAGCCAGUGCCCACUGGAUGAGAACCACACAGGCUACGUGGAGGAGUGUGCCAGGAGCUCCCCCGUGGACUACUUCUGGUACCGCGAGACCCUCAACAUCUCCACCUCCAUCAGCGACUCGGGCUCCAUCCAGUGGUGGAUCCUGCUGUGCCUCACCUGCGCCUGGAGCGUGCUCUACGUGUGCACCAUCCGCGGCAUCGAGACCACCGGGAAGGCCGUGUACAUCACCUCCACACUGCCCUACAUCGUGCUGACCAUCUUCCUCAUCCGGGGCCUGACGCUGAAGGGCGCCACCAACGGCAUCGUCUUCCUCUUCACGCCCAACGUCGAGGAGCUGGCCAACCCGGUCACCUGGCUGGACGCGGGCGCGCAGGUCUUCUACUCCUUCUCCCUGGCCUUCGGGGGCCUCAUCUCCUUCUCCAGCUACAACUCUGUGCACAACAACUGCGAGAUGGACUCAGUGAUCGUGUCUGUCAUCAACGGCUUCACGUCGGUGUACGCGGCCACCGUGGUCUACUCCAUCAUCGGCUUCCGCGCCACCGAGCGCUACGACGAGUGCUUUAGCACGAACAUCCUGACCCUCAUCAACGGGUUCGACCUGCCGGAAGACAGCGUGACCCAGGAGAACUUCGAGGAGGCGCAGCGCUGGUGCAACGCCAGCGACCCCGCGGCCUACGCACAGCUGCAGUUCCAGACCUGCGACAUGAACUCCUUCCUCUCGGAAGGCGUGGAGGGCACGGGCCUGGCCUUCAUCGUCUUCACCGAGGCCAUCACCAAGAUGCCGGUGUCCCCGCUGUGGUCGGUGCUGUUCUUCGUCAUGCUCUUCUGCCUGGGCCUGUCCUCCAUGUUUGGGAACAUGGAGGGCGUCGUCGUGCCCCUGCAGGACCUCAGGGUCAUCCCCCCGAAGUGGCCCAAGGAGCUGCUCACAGGCCUCAUCUGCCUGGGGACCUACCUGCUGGCCUUCAUCUUCACGCUGAACUCGGGCCAGUAUUGGCUGUCCCUGCUGGACAGCUAUGCCGGCUCCAUCCCCCUGCUCAUCAUCGCCUUCUGCGAGAUGUUCUCCGUGGUCUACGUGUACGGCGUGGACAGGUUCAACCGGGACAUCGAGUUCAUGAUUGGCCAUAAGCCCAACAUCUUCUGGCAGGUCACGUGGAGGGUGGUCAGCCCACUGCUCAUGCUGGUCAUCUUCCUCUUCUUCUUCGUCGUGAAGGUCAACGAGGACCUCACAUACACCGUCUGGGACCCCAGCUAUGAGGAAUUUCCCAAGUCCGAGAAGGUCUCGUACCCAGACUGGGUGUACGCCGUGGUGGUGGUCGUGGCUGGGGUGCCCUGCCUUGUCAUCCCUGGCUUUGCCAUCUAUAAGCUCCUCAGGAACCACUGCCAGGGGCCAGGGGAGCACCAGGGCCUGGUCAGCAUGCCGUCCACGGCCUCCAUGAACGGGGACCUCAAGUGCUGA